AUGACGACUAGGAAAAGGGGGGAGAGUUUACAUAGAGUGAUUGUCGUUUUAAACGGAGAAAAAGUCGCCGCCGCUGACAAGCAAGGCCUUGUGCCGCUGCUGAGGGCCUCGAAAUAUGCUAGUAAUAACAAGGUGGAUGAGAUUUUAGCUCUAACCCUUCUCCCCGUUGAAGGGUCCGGACCGUCUUCGAGCAAACGUUACCAUGGAGAUCAUAGGUGCAAUUAUGCAUGUGGAGAUGAUCCGUACAUCAGGUUCCUUCGUCAUCAAGUGAAGUUUCCGGUUAAGGUUGCUGCAGGCUACCAGCCAAAGGAUAUCAUAAUUGAAGAGGCCAACAAUGUUGGGGCCACUUGGAUUAUUCUUGAUAGUUCCUUUGCAAAGCACUUGACUUUCCGGCUGAUAGGAGUCGAAUGUAAUGUAUCAUUGGUGACCGAUGGAGAAGGCGCCGUUGUCGAUGAUCAUUGGACAACAGAGGAUGAGUCGUCACACAGCUUAAUGCUCAUGGAAGAAGUAAUCCAUAAUCCCAAGUCCCCAAAGAUGAUGAAGGGAUCGUCAUCGACAUCGCAAGUGAAGCCGGUCGAAAACGAAACAGAGUCGGAGCCACUUAAGGAAAACGAAACUCCGAAACAAGUCGAGCGCACCAAAACAGGUCAUAACCUUCCAUGUAGCAACAUCAGCCCACAACAGCUAAGCUGGGAAGUGAUUUCGGAAAUAACAAAGAGAUUUUCGACAAGGGCUAGCAAUGACCGUGACAAGAACUACAGCACAUAUAUGGGAUGUCUUGACCAACGAUCUGUAUUAGUAAAGAGGCUUGGGCCACACUCUACAACCAUUCUUGAGGCAGAAAUGAGAGCGGCCUCGUGUAUGAACCACAAGAACAUAUCGGUUAUCACGGGUUACCAUCAGAGCGAAAACGGAACGAUUUUAAUCUUUCCCCUGCUACAAGGAAUGACAUUAGACAGAUACAUUUGGGGCUCGGAAAGAAGGGAGCUGAAAUUCGAAGCUAGACUUAAGAUUGCCAUAACUAUAGCACAAGGUGUCCGAUACAUGCACGAAGAAUGUCCGCAAUGGCCCGUUGUCCAUGGCGAAUUGCAGCCCCGCAGCAUUUUCAUAAGGCGUGAUUUGCAGCCUAUGAUUUCUGGCUUUGGAAAGGCUGCAUGGCUUCAUAAUGAACAACUAUCAUUCAACUCCAAGAAUAGGUAUACAUCCACUCUCAUCAGAAGCUUCUUGCUUUAUGUGUUUUUUCUUGAGCAAUCAGCUUAA